GUUUAAUGGGCGCUUCUGGAGUGAGUGAGAGUGUUGAAGGGCAAUGGGGAUGCUUUUCUAUUUCUAUCAUCAUGCAGACACCCGUAUCGCAAAUUCAUAGCUCUUUUUCAGUGGAGUUUCCUUUUCCGCUGAAUGCGUGCCGCCGAGAUGGUGCAAUACGAGCGGGGCCUGCGAGGUAUUGAAAGAGGCCUCAGCCCGCAUAUGUCCGAGGCGCAGAAGGGCGUCACGGCGUAUAAGCUGCAGAAGGCGCAGCACGCCAAGGGUUAUCCUGUGUAACAACGUUCUUCCCCCGGGGUAAUCAGCAGGUUGAGAAGUUGGCAACACAAAUGCAGAACUUUUGGGAAGAAUGCAUCACAAGUUUCUCUCAGACGCAUGAAGAGGCUGCUAGAUCUCUUCUUUAUAGCAUCAAGAUCAGUAGAAAUGCCUUUUCCGGGUUUGCGUAUCACAAGCUCUUACACUAUUCCGUAGAUGCAGAUCUGCGUGACACCUUGAUGGGAACGGGCGUUUUUACUGAGGAUAAAGACGAAGCGCGGAUGACAGCGGCGUCGAAACACGUCGCUGGGAAGAUAGCUGAUAUCAACAGAAAAAAAACUCUGGCUCUGGAUUUCUUUGUCUUGCUGCGCCUUGUCGUUCAGUUUUUGUAUGGCCCAGAAGCGAAGAUUUCAAGUGCGGGCCACAGCGUCACAAGCUUCCACCGGCGCACCUCGCGAUGCGUCGGUGGAUCUCUUUUGUUGCUCAUGCAGUACAGGUUUCGUCCUUGUCGUCCAGAGCUCGCAUGACAAACAAGACCUACCAGAUCGUCCAGAUGUAUUUGCAAUCCAUAGGGCAGUACGACGCGCAAAUAACGGCGCAAGAGAAGAAGUACAAGACGCCGCGCAAAUGCUGAAGCCUCUCCCGAGCGAUCGGCGCCGCCACCGGUGGGCGCCACUUUUCCCUGCACGGGAGGCCCGCCCGCCCUGUGUUGCGUGC